CUGGAUCUAUUCCUUUCAGAAUUGAUAUGUAUGUGGAAGGAAUAUUCGAUCUGAAUGAGUUAUUCAUGAACUAUGAAAUCCAACCAGCAGAUAAGAAGGAGCAACAUUUUGCUAAUAUGAUGGACAAGGCCACAAACAGAUACUUCCCAGCCUUUGAGAAGGUUUUGAAAGACCAUGGACAAGACUUUCUUGUUGGCAACCAGUUAAGCAGGGCAGAUGUGCAGUUACUUGACAUCAUUUUAAUGGCAGAAGAGUUCAAACCUGGUAUCCUUGCCAAAUUUCCUCUCUUGCAGAGUUUUAAAACAAGAAUAUGCAAUAUCCCCACAAUAAAGAAAUUCCUGCAGCCUGGCAGCCAGAGGAAACCACCAACACCAGAGGAAGAUAUACCCAAAGUGAUGGAAAUUUUCCACUGAGUAGCAGUCUAUAGCCAUAGAAACUCUCAUUUCAUUGUGUUUGCUGAUAGUGGCAAAGAGAAAUGAAUGAAAACAGUGAAAAGGUUUUUGAUCUCUCUUUCCUUAGCUACAGCACUGGUUUGAGACUACUGUCAACACUUCCUACGGGAAUCUAUACAAGCAUACCAGAAAGAGUGCACUGAUGGAAGAGUGCACUGAUUAGGGAGUGUACUGGACAACACAAGAUAUCUUAACUGACUAAAGAGAAUACCUGAAAUAAAGUCUUACUAUUGACACUCAAA